CGGCGCGCUCUCGGGCGCACAGCCUGACUUUGCGAGAUCCCGGGAAGUUGAACCCGCCGCCAUCUGGCGAAGGCGAAUGUAAUGUGACUGUUGCUGGUGUGAAUAUCCGAUGGCACCGAACGUCCUCAAAACUGAGGGUUAUUUUAAUUUGGGAUUCCCCUCCCCUCCCCCAGCCCUCCCUCCUCCCCCUCCCGCUCCCGAAAUAAAACCGACGGGACCCAGAAGGGGAGGCUCCCCGCCCUGCCCACCCGCGCGCACCCACGGCUCCUGCGAUCGCAUAAUCUUUAGGGUGGAGCGGGAACAGCCUGGACACAAACCGCGACAUUUAGAUUUGUUGGUGUUAAUGCAUCUGACAUAAACUAUUCAGCUGGCCGCUAUGACCCUUCUGUCAAGACCCCCUUGGACGCAGGUUUCGAAGGUGUGGGCGAGGUGGUGGCCUUGGGCCUCUCCGCCAGUGCCACAUUCAGAGUUGGCCAGGCUGUGGCUUACAUGGCAGCCGGCUCUUUUGCCGAGUACACAGUGGUGCCUGCCAGCACGGCCAUUCUCGUGCCGGCCAUGAAACCCGAGUAUCUCACCCUCCUGGUGAGUGGUACCACGGCCUACAUCAGCCUGAAAGAGCUUGGAGAACUAUCAGAAGGGAGGAAAGUUCUGGUGACUGCAGCAGCUGGGGGGACUGGCCAGUUUGCCGUCCAGCUUGCAAAGAAGGCCAAGUGCCAUGUAAUUGGAACUUGCUCUUCUGAUGAAAAGUCUGCCUUUCUGAAAUCUCUUGGCUGUGAUCGUCCCAUCAACUAUAACGGCGAGCACGUGGGUGCUGUCCUGAAGCAGGAGUACCCCCAAGGUGUGGAUGUGGUGUACGAAUCCGUCGGGGGAGCCAUGUUUGACUUGGCUGUGGAUGCCUUGGCUACCAAAGGGCGCUUGAUAGUAAUUGGGUUUGUCUCUGGCUACCAAACUCCUACUGGCCUGUCCCCUGUGAAAGCAGGAACACUACCAGCCAAACUGCUGAAGAAAUCUGCCAGCGUCCGGGGCUUCUUCUUGAACCAUUACCUUUCUAAGUAUCGAGCCGCCAUGGACCACUUGCUUAAGAUGUAUGCGAGUGGAGAGCUGGUUUGUAAGGUCGACCUUGGAGGUCUGUCUGCAGAGGGCAGGUUUACCGGCCUGGAGUCUGUCUUCCGGGCCGUCGAUUAUAUGUACAUGAGAAAAAACACUGGAAAAAUUGUUGUUGAAUUACCUCACUCUGUCAACAGUAAGCUGUAAAAACAGAACAAUGGCAUAAAUAAAAGGAGAAAGAAAGUGGACAUUUUAUGCCCCAGAAUUACUCAAAUCAAUUUAUUUUUAGUUAGUA